AGUUUGCAUCUAUUUGAGCAGAAACCAAACGAGUUUUAAUUUCUUGCUAUCGCGGCAGGAUGCGUAAUCGAUAACAGAAAGCAUCGCUUGUGUUAUCCUGCUCUGAGAGUCUGAUGUGGAGUCGCUUUAUUGCUCUAUCGCUGAACUAUUGAUUGCUGACAUUAUAUUAUCGAAAAACUGCGAUUGUUGAACCAGACAGAGGAUUUAAACAGACAGCCGUGAUAUUGCGCCAUAUUACAGUUAGUUAUUUAGCAUCUUUAGCUGCAGGUCUACAGUCAUGACGCUACAUGGCUAACUGACCUCAGAGAAAUAACUGCCAGCCAAAAUGCCGUUUUACUUUCUUUAACCGAUGACCUGGAUUCACCCGGAUGCUUGCCGAGGAUAAACACGUUGGACUACUUAAGCUGCCAGACAUUGUUUUGGCAAAGAAAUUGUUUUGAGAAGAAGUUAGCCUGGUUAGCUUUGGGCAGUCGUUAACGUACAGCAGCUGGUUAUACAGUAACUUUCGUGUUUCAGCACUUUCGUCGUUUAUAAGUCCGUUAUCGUUUAUUUUUUGGGUAGUGUGAUAGCGAGGUGUUUUAUUAGGAAGCAGCAGGCUUGAAUCUCAUGUCAGCUGUGUGAGUGUGUGAUAGACGAGAGUGAGAUGCAGUGGUGGUGAGGAAGAGCUCAAUGCCGUGUGUGCUGGAGGAUGAUGCGGAUGAGCUGGAUGAUCACAGUCAUUAACAGAAGAAUGAUGAAGAUCCUGAUCGCCCUCGCUCUCAUUGCCUACAUCGCCUCUGUCUGGGGAACCUACGCAAAUAUGAGGUCUAUACAGGAACAUGGAGAGAUGAAGAUUGAACAGAGGAUAGAUGAGGCAGUGGCACCUCUCAGGGAGAAGAUACGGGAACUUGAGCUCAGUUUUACCCAGAAGUACCCUCCUGUGAAAUUCUUAUCUGAGAAGGACCGAAAGAGAAUUUUGAUCACCGGCGGGGCAGGAUUCGUGGGCUCGCACCUCACUGAUAAGCUGAUGAUGGAUGGUCAUGAAGUGACAGUGGUGGAUAAUUUCUUCACUGGCCGCAAGCGCAAUGUAGAGCACUGGAUCGGCCAUGAGAACUUUGAGCUGAUCAACCAUGAUGUGGUGGAGCCUCUCUAUAUUGAAGUUGACCAGAUAUAUCAUUUGGCCUCGCCUGCGUCGCCACCCAACUACAUGUACAACCCUAUCAAGACACUGAAAACUAAUACUAUUGGUACUCUCAACAUGUUAGGAUUGGCAAAGCGAGUCGGAGCUCGGCUGCUCCUUGCCUCGACAUCAGAAGUGUAUGGAGACCCAGAGGUGCACCCCCAGAAUGAGGACUACUGGGGUCAUGUGAACCCUAUUGGUCCCCGGGCCUGUUAUGAUGAAGGAAAACGUGUUGCCGAGACAAUGUGUUAUGCCUACAUGAAACAGGAAGGAGUGGAGGUGAGAGUGGCUCGGAUCUUCAACACCUUCGGCUCUCGCAUGCACAUGAAUGAUGGGCGAGUGGUCAGUAAUUUCAUUCUGCAGGCUUUGCAGGGAGAGCCACUGACGGUUUACGGUUCAGGUUCUCAAACAAGAGCUUUCCAGUAUGUGAGUGAUCUGGUGAACGGCCUGGUGUCCCUGAUGAACAGUAACAUCAGUAGUCCAGUUAACCUGGGCAAUCCUGAGGAACACACUAUACUAGAGUUUGCCCAGCUUAUUAAAAGUCUAGUUGUGAGCCGCAGUCAUAUUCAGUUCCUUCCAGAAGCACAAGACGAUCCACAGAGAAGACGACCAGACAUCCGCAAAGCCAAAAUGCUUCUCGGCUGGGAACCUGUGGUGCCACUGGAAGAAGGCUUGAACAAAACCAUCCAGUACUUCAGCAGAGAGCUGGAGCAUCAAGCCAACAAUCAGUAUAUACCCAAACCCAAGGCUGCACGGAUGAAAAAAAGGAAGACCCCGACACAACUGAUGAAUUGUGUUCAUCUCAGGGAUGCUGGGAUAAUGAGGGACCUUAGACGUCCAGCAGCCAUUUUGCAGCGUGGGCUUCCCACCUCCCACUUACAGAUCCAUCUUUUUGAAAAAAAAAAAGGAUUUUUUCUGAUGUGUUUCGCAAGUGUUUUUGAAAAGCAGCUCCGGCAGAGAGCUGUCUCUAAAGAGUUUGUUUUUCAGUCAAAUGUGCCUCAAAGAUACCCAAUUUACAGACUUUGCCUUGCACUUUGGUUUGUCAGUCGUCUGUCUGUUAUUUAAAGCAAGCUUAGGUCUUCAUGUGCAUUUUUGUUGUGUGUUUACAUUCUGUGCCGUUUUAAUUGAUGUGAUCUAUUUUUUUAUCAUUGUCAAAGCUAGCGGUGUGUUUUCGUCAAAUGGACACCUGUAGAAAAUGAUGGAAAUUAGCAAUUGCAAACUAUUUAAAGAUCUCAGAUGUCUGGUCUAGAGCCUCAUCCAGCUCCGUCAAGAAAUUUGAGGACACGGAGAAAAGAAAAGCUUUGGAAAAUGUUCUUUCUGCUUUAAUCUUUGUGACGAUUUUGAGCUGAAUCUGUUGUUACCUUUGUGAAACUUCAUACAGAACUUUGAACCUAUAAUUGAUUUCAGGUGAAAAGAAUAUUUUAAUAAAAUAUUUACUGUGA